AUGGAUGAACGUAAAAAACAUGGGGUAAGUAACCAAGGGGAUCGUGGAAAGUCGGCGAUGCAAUUCAAGGGUAUUUCUACCCGUGGAGUUAAUAGUGAUGGUAAUACGGUGCUGCCGAGAAGAGGUAUUGUUAUCAAUGAACCGAAGCCGAUUAAUGUUAUUGAUGAACUAACUAAGGUUACGAUACCGGUCCCGAUAGAAAAGCCGGUGAAUCCAGGUCCGGGCUGUAGUGCUCCGAAUACAAUGAUGGAUGGGCAAGAGGGGGUCAAAGAGGUUAAUGCGGAUAAUGGCAGCGUUUUAAAAACUAAAUCAUAUGCUGAUUCGUUACUUGCAAAUAAGAAUGUUAAGCUGAAUUUUCGUGCUCUUGCUAGUGAUAGUAUCCGGGAGGGAUGUGAUGUCGUUCUUCCAAGGGAAUCUGUGCGGGUAGUUCAAAACAAAAUGGCUAAUACCCUUUAUGGUUAUUUUCUGGGUGAUCGGGUAGCAUACCCGGUUGUUGAUUAUUUUGUCCGUAAUAACUGGAAGAAGUAUGGUGUUCAGAAAUCUAUGAUGAAUGCGAACGGAUUUUUUUUCUUCAAGUUCUCGGAGGAGGCAGGUAUGCUUAAUGUUUUGAAAGAUGGCCCAUGGAUUAUUCGAUCGCAACCUCUUUUUCUAGAUAUUUGGAACCCGACUACAAAACUGGAAAAAAAGGAAUUAAAGAAAGUGCAGGUUUGGGUUAAAAUUCAUGAUGUUCCGAUUGCGGCUUAUACGGAGGAUGGGCUAAGCAUGAUUGCGACUACGAUUGGGGAGCCGAAAGUCUUGGAUUCUUAUACGUCGUCGAUGUGUACGGAUAUGUGGGGAAGGAGCAGCUAUGCGAGAGCUUUAAUAGAAGUCUCGGCUGAGAAGAGUUUAAGGGAGCAGAUAACGUUAGCGAUUCCGGAACCGGAGGGGGAGGGUUUUGUUAAGGAGACGAUGUCGGUGGAGUAUGAAUGGUCACCGUUGAGAUGUGGCCAUUGUUGUGUUUUUGGGCAUUCUAACGAAACUUGUCCUAACCAACCGAAGCAGCAGGGUAAUGUUCGUAAUGCUACUAAGGCUGGAAAAAAACCUGUGAUUGAUGACGAGGGUUAUUCGGGAGUUCAUGGUAAGAAGGUUGCUAAGAAGACGGGGUUCCCGGUCAACAAGCCGAAACCAAAGUUUGAAUAUCGGCCUGUGGUUUCUAAGAAGAAUCAUGAUUCGGGUAAUGGGUCGUCUGAGCCCACGUUUCAAUCGGCUAAUCCUUUUGAGGUUCUAAAUGAUCCUAGUGUUAAUGAGGAUGCAGAUGGCAAUAAUUCGGGUGAGAUUCCUGUAGAUGAGGAGGAGAAUGAGGUGGAGGAGGGUUAUGUUGAAGGAGACGAGUAUGAGCUCGAUGAUUACCUACGGCAAGCUUCUUGGAACGUAAGGGGUUUGAACCGCCCCAUUAAGCAAGCUGAGGUUCGGCAAGUUAUCAAAGAUGUUAAUUUAAGCUUAUGUGCUAUUCUUGAGUCUCACAUUGAUCCGAGUAACCUUUCUAAAAUUUGUAAGGCGGUCUUUCGGUCGUGGAGUUGGACUUCUAAUGGGUCUCUUUGUAAUAAAGGUACGAGAAUUAUCGUUGGUUGGAAUCCGUUAGUGUUUGAUGUUAUGGUGCUCUUUCAGUCGGAUCAGGUUAUGCAUUUGCAGUUGUUUUUUAAACACGAGAAAAAAAUGCUCUUUUGUUCUAUCGUUUAUGCUGCAAACUAUUAUAUCUCUCGUAGGGAGUUAUGGAACCACCUCGGCCUGCAUAAGUCGCUUGUACGUAAUGAUCCGUGGGUUAUGCUAGGUGAUUUUAACUCAGCGUUGUAUCUUGAAGAUAAGUCUAUGGGAUGUUCGUCAACUUCGGCUAGCAUGAGAGACUUUCAAGCGUGUGUUAAUGAUAUUGAGAUGCUGGAUUUGAAUCAGUCCGGUUUACAUUUUACGUGGAGUCAAAAGCCAAAGAAGGGGAUUGGUUUAAUGAAAAAGAUAGAUAGAGUCAUGGGGAAUUCUCAGUUUUUAACCCUUUUCCCAAAUGCGGUGGCUGUUUUUUGUCCAGCUCGGUUAUCGGAUCAUAGUCCAAGUGUUCUCAAAAUUCCGGUUCUUGGGAAAGUUAAACACAAGUCGUUCAAGUUUGCUAAUUUUCUUGUUCAUAAGCCCGAAUUUUUAGACAUUGUGAAGCGUAUUUGGGAGACGGAUGUUAGAGGGGUGUAUCAGUUCUCGGUUGUGAAGAAGCUUCGGAUGUUAAAGUCUCCUCUUCGGGUUUUACUCUUUCAGCAAGGUAAUUUGCAUAGAAAAGUGCAAGAGUUACGUGAGAAACUUGAUCAGAUUCAGCGAGAGCUUGACAGUAAUCCGGCUAGUUUGACAAUUAGUGAGGAGGAAACUACUACUCGCCGUUCUUAUCAGGAAGCUUUAUUGGAUGAAGAGCGGUUCUUGAAACAGAAGUCGAAGGUGGACUGGUUGACGGUCGGAGAUAUGAAUUCAGCGUUCUUUCAUUCGUCCCUUAAAAAUAGAGUUCAUUUUAGUCGGAUCAGUGUUAUUCGGGACGCUAAUGGUAAGGUGUAUGAGGAUGAGCAUGUCCAGCUUGCUUUCGUUAAUCAUUACGAGAACUUCUUGGGUAAUCGAGGUGACAUUUCGCUUAGUCCGGCUCCAGAUUUAUUCACAAACAGGUUAUCGAGUGAAGUUUCGGGUCUUAUGGUGCGUCCGGUUACGCAUGAUGAGGUUAAAAAGGCGCUGUUCUCGAUUGGGUCAGACAAAGCCCCGGGCCCUGAUGGUUUUACUGCUGGUUUUUUUAAAGGUGCUUGGCCUAUCAUUGGUAGUGCAGUGUCGAAUGCUGUGAUUGAUUUCUUUGUGACAGGUAAACUUCUUAGGGAAUUGAAUCAUACGAUUCUUGUUCUUCUCCCCAAGACGUCCUCCCCGUCAGUGGUUACGGACUAUCGUCCGAUUGCAUGUUGCAAUGUGUUGUACAAAUGCAUUAGCAAGAUUGUAGCUGAUAGAAUAAAAGUGGGUUUGAAUGAUAUAGUCAGUAUCAACCAAUCAGCUUUUGUGCCAGGCAGGAGAAUAUCGGACAACGUUUUACUUACACAAGAGUUGAUGCAUAACUAUCAUCGUAAUGUUGGCCCUCCGAAAUGUGCUUUCAAAGUGGAUAUUCAGAAGGCGUAUGACACUGUCGAUUGGAACUUUCUGAAGGGUAUUUUGAGGGGAUUUGGUUUUCAUCCUACAAUGAUUCACUGGAUUAUGUUAUGUGUUUCCACUACAUCGUACUCGGUGUGUGUUAAUGGCGAGGUUCAUGGGUUCUUUAAGGGUAGCAGGGGAUUGAGGCAAGGUGAUCCGGUCUCUCCUUAUUUGUUUACGCUCGUCAUGGAAGUUCUUACGGCCAUCUUACAGCAUACGGUUAGGAUUGACAAUUCGUUUAAAUUUCAUAAUAAAUGCGAACGUCAGCAAAUUGUCAACUUGUGUUUUGCCGAUGAUUUGUUUAUCUUCGCGAAGGGUGAGAUUGCUUCAGCUAGAUGUAUUAUGAAGGCGCUGGAUUCAUUUUCUAAAAUGUCGGGUUUGUUACCUAGUGUUCAGAAAAGUACUGUUUUCUUCUCGAAUGUUCCAUCGUAUGUGAAAGCUGCUAUUCUAAAUUUAAUGCCGUUUAAGGAAGGUUCGUUGCCUGUGAAAUAUUUGGGAGUGCCGCUUAUCUCGACCCGAUUGCUCCAAAAGGAUUGUCUUCUGUUAUUGGAGAAGCUUGAAAAUCGUAUUAUGCACUGGCGUAAUAAACUUCUAUCUUUUGCAGGUAGAUUGCAACUUAUAAAUUCGGUUUUAUCGUCCAUGCAUAUUUACUGGUCUUCUGUGUUUAUUUUACCGAACCGGGUGAUUCAAAAGCUGGAGGCUUUGAUGCGAAAUUUUUUAUGGUCACAUGAUAGUGCGUUUCAAAAAGGCCGAUCCAAAGUUUCUUGGAAAACGGUGUGUGUUCCUAAGUAUGAGGGUGGAUUAGGUAUUCGUCGAAUCAGUGAUGCUAACGUCGCCCUUAUGACAAAUCAUAUUUGGAGCAUUCUUUCGAGGCGUCAUUCAGUUUGGGUUGAGUGGGUUCACUCUUAUAGGUUGAGAGGUAAAAGCUUUUGGGUUUGUAAAGUUCCAGCUUCCUGCUGUUGGUCUUGGAGAAAGAUUCUUCAGCUCCGGCCGAUUGUUAGGAAGUUUUUCUGGUCCGAGAUUGGAAAUGGUUCGGCUACCUUUGCUUGGCACGAUAAUUGGAGUGAGAUAGGUCCUCUGGAUCAGUUUCUUUCUCCCCGGAUGAUUGCUAGCGCGGGUUUUAAUAUGGAGUCAAAGGUGUCUGAUGUCUAUUCCGAUACGUCUUGGAGCUGGCCGGUUGCGUGGCGGGACUUGUAUCCGGUUCUUAUUCAGCUCGAUGGUAUUUCUUUGCAGCCGAAUAAGUUGGAUAAAGUCUUGUGGCGUCAAGGUAAUCAAAAGCAUGUGUUCUCGUCGUCUAGAGUUUGGGAUUCGGUUCGGUUUCAUGCUGUGGAGGUGGAUUGGUGCCGUCUUGUGUGGUUUGGUCAGUGUAUUCCGCGUCAUGCUUUUCUUUUAUGGCUUAUCAUGAGAAGGAAACUGCUUACUCAAGAUAAGAUUUUGAGUUGGGAUUUAUCGCGCAGGAAAAAUAUGAAUAUGAUGUGCUGUUUGUUAUGCUAUGCUAAUCAUGACUCUCAUACUCAUUUGUUUUUUGAAUGCAAAUUCUCGACCCAAGUGUGGCUGCUGGUUAGACAAAAAGCGGGUAUGGGUUCGGUGCAUGCUAAAUGGGAUGACAUUGUUAACUGGUUACUUGAUCGGUCCAAUUCAAAAUUGGCGUCGGUUUACGUUGCUAAACUGACAGUGGCUGCUACGGCCUACUUCAUUUGGCAAGAGCGGAAUGCUAGAUUAUUUAGAAACCAGGUGAGGCCCCCGGAAUCCUUAAGUGAAACCAUUAUACAACAAGUGCGGUACAAGCUGAUUGGUGCAAAGUUGAAGAAGUGCGAUAAUGUUCGAAAGCUUUUAAGGGCUUGGGAUAUUGAAGCUUCAGAUGUGCACGAUGAUGGCGGCUGA